CUAAAAAAAAAAAAUGAACGUAGAGAAGGCCAUAAUGAAAUGUACGGUUGACAAAAGGCGUAGUUUAGCAUAUCCUACGCCCUGCCUUUCUAGUACUUGGGAGAACACCGCAGAAGAGUGAAGGACAGCAAGAACUUUCGUGUGCUCUUCUUCGCCAAUUCCUAUAAACCCUAAUUAAAUUUUUUGAUCCUUUUAGAAUCUAAUCAGAAGACCCACCAGGGAACAUUCAGAAUGUGGAGGUUCAGUUUCUGAGUCUAAGAAAUAAAUUAAAAAAAAAAAAAAAUUAUGGAAAGGCUAGGAGGAGGUAUAGGUUUCAGUAACACGAGCAGUGCAACAACAACAAGGAAGAAGAGGAGCACUACAUUGCGCCGGCCCUGGAAUGAACGACAGUUACAGGAUGCUUCAUCAUUGCCCUCCACACCAAUCCCUGUCUAUAAUGAGAAGAGGAUAGAAGCAGUGGAGUCAGAUGAAGGUUCGACGAAUGGUUCUUUCCAAGGAAGUAAUCAGGGCCACAGCACUGAAGGGUUUCUUGUCCCUACAAUCAAGAAGGUUAAACUCAAAGUCGGUGGCUCAUCGAAAGUUAUAUCUGCAUCCGAUGGUGCUUCUGAUAUUGGCUUGUGCUCAGCAAAGUCCUCCCACGCAUCGUUGGACACCACAAGCAAGGCAGAUUCAGGCAAAACAAAUACUUAUCCCGUUCGAAAAAGCAACCGGAUUUCUAAACGACGCGUUCUUGAUGAUGAUGACGACGAAGAGAUUCAGUUUGUGAGAACGGUGAAAAUGGGUAAAGUUGUUGGUGCGGAAGAAGACGUUGAUGAAGAUGAAGAAAGGAAUAGAAAACAUAAAAAGCUGUCCAAGGUAAUGAAACAAAAUGUUGAAUACCCGCGUGGUGUUGGAACAUCAGACAAGAAGGAUAAGUCAGGAAAAGCAUCGUUUGAUGAUGAUGAUGAUUAUGUCAAAGACGAGGAAGAAGGUCUGAGUGAUGCUGAGGUUGAGGUAGAAAGUAAGAGCGGGAGAGCUAGAAGAAGAGAAAGUUUGAGUGAAGUUAAGACAGAAAUGACUGUGACUACUCGUCGACGCUCUGGACAUAGCGGAAACCUCAUCGAGUUUCCUGGUGGCUUACCUCCAGCUCCACCUCGAAAGCGGAAAGAAGAUGGGUUAGAGGUUGAUCAGCAACUAAAGAAAGCUGAGGCUGCGCAGAGACGUAAACUGCAAGUCGAAAAAGCAGCUAGAGAGUCAGAGGCUGAGGCAAUCAGGAAGAUCUUAGGCCAAGACUCUAGCAGAAAAAAGAAGGAAGAUAAAAUAAAGAAACAACAACAAGACAAGGCUAAGGAGAAGGCUGCAGAAUGGAUAGCCCGUAGAUCAGACACAGUGAAGUGGGUAAUGGGUCCUUCAGGAACCAUCGUAACCUUCCCAGAAGAACUUGGAUUACCAUCUAUAUUCAACUCUAGACCUCAAAGCUAUCCUCCACCGCGGGAGACAUGUGCGGGUCCAGAAUGUACGAACCCAUACAAAUACAGAGAUUCACAAUCAAACCUUCCAUUGUGCAGCCUCCAGUGCUACAAGGCGAUGAAAGGCUAGAAUCGAUAUUGUAAGUUCUUAUUCAAGCCCGUUACCUAUACUACUUACGAUAGUGAUAGAAAAUAAUAAUCGUUCAUGUUAAUAAUAAUAAUGGAGCGUCAUGGGUAUGAUAUAACGAAACAGGAUGUAUAAUUUGUUUGUGUUAAAAUAAGAAUCGACUGUAAAUAAACAUAAGUGAAUGUAGUGUUAUGUUUUAUGUCAUAAUGUUUGAUUGCCUA